AUGCAGGACGACAGCCUCGAGGCCUCGACGUCCAUCUCCCAGCUGCUCCGAGAGAGCUACCUGGCCGAAACCCGGCAUCGGGGGGACCCCGAGAGGAGCCGGGCAGAGCCGUCCGCCCACCCGUGCCACUUUGCCGGCAGGGCAGGGGCCGCGGAGGCCGGCGGAGGGGGCCAGGAGGACCUCCCCGACCUGUCGGCCUUCCUGAGCCAGGAGGAGCUGGACGAGAGCGUCACGCUGGCCAGGCUGGCCAUCCACCACGACCCGGGGGACAGGGCCGAGGCGGCGGCGGCUCGCAAGCGCCAGCCCGAGCAGGGGCGGCCGGGGGCCAAGGCCGGCCUGGAGCCUCUGCUGCGCCGGGACGGCCCGGCCCAGCCCGGGCAGGGGCCGCCCAGCCCCGAGAGCCCGGCCAAGCGGGUCUUCCUGCACAAGGCGGCCGACUUCAUCGAGGAGCUGUCCUCCCUCUUCAAGGCGCACGGCGCCCGACGGCUGCGGCCCCGCGCCUGCAAGGGCCCCAAGGGCAAGGCCGAGCCGGGCCUCCCGGACAGCAGGGAGCGGUCGCUGCCCGUGGCCAUCCCCGCCGACGCCAGGGACAACCAGCUGAACCACGCGCGGGAGCGGCGGGAGGCCCGCAGGCGCGAGGCCCAGGGGGCCGGGGAGGCGGAGGCGGCCGCGGCCUCGGCGGACACCACCCCGGGGUCGUCGCCCUCGUCCUCCCCGCACUACGAGGAGCCCCUGGGGCAGCCCCCUCGCUUCACGCAGAAGCUGCGGAGCCGCGAGGUGCCCGAGGGCAGCAGGGUGCGGCUGGACUGCGUGGUGGUGGGGAUCCCCCCGCCCCAAGUCAGGUGGUAUUGUGAAGGGAAAGAACUUGAGAAUUCUCCAGACAUUCACAUCCUCCAGACAGGAAACCUGCACUCCCUGACCAUCGCCGAAGCCUUUGAGGAAGACACUGGACGCUACUCCUGCUUCGCGUCCAACAUCUAUGGGACAGAUUCAACCUCUGCGGAAAUUUAUAUAGAAGGAGUUUCUUCCUCUGACUCAGAAGGGGACCCUAACAAAGAAGACAUGAACCGAGUCCAGAAGCAGAAAACGACGCUGCCCCCUGCCACGGCCCCUGCAGCAGGUGCUCCAGCCUUGCCCCAGGCCCAGUUCACCGAGUGGCAGCCAAGGACGCUCACGGCCCAGCAGUGUCAGAGCCCGACCAACUAUCUGCAAGGCCUGGAUGGGACCCCCAUCAUAGCAGCGCCCGUGUUCACAAAGAUGUUGCAAAAUCUAUCGGCGUCUGAGGGACAGCUGGUCGUCUUUGAAUGCCGAGUGAAAGGUGCCCCGUCCCCUAAAGUUGAGUGGUACAGAGAGGGGACCUUGAUAGAAGAUUCUCCCGAUUUUAGGAUUUUACAGAAAAAACCUCGAUCCAUGGCAGAGCCAGAAGAGAUUUGCACUCUGGUCAUAGCGGAAGUCUUCGCAGAAGAUUCCGGGAGCUUCACUUGUACUGCGAGCAACAAAUACGGAACGGUAUCAUGCGUGGCCCAAUUAGACGUGAGAGGCAGCGAGGCGCUGGGCAGCAACGGGGCGCCGCGCUCGGCCGCCUCCAGCCCGCCGCCGCCCCGGCCCAAGCUCGAGGGCGUCCUGGUCAGCCGCCACGAGCCCCGCUCCGGCGCCAGGGCCGGCCUCCGCGUGCACUUCGACCUGCCCGACGACCCAGACCGCGCCGCCCGCAGCGACGCCUCCGACGGGCCCGACGCCGAGCCCGCCUCGCCCGGCAAGGAGCCGCCGCCCGUCCUGGCCAAGCCCAAGCUUGAUUCCACUCAGCUCCAACAACUCCACAACCAAGUCCUCCUGGAGCAGCAGUCACAGGUGCCAUCCCCUCUGUCCCCCAAGGAGUUUUCUUUCAACUCAAACCCCGCUGUUGCCCCCCUGGCCGUGACACUGUCCAGCAAGCAGGUGAAGGCCCCUACUUCUUCUUCGUCAUCGUCUUUGUCAUCGUCCUCGUCACCCCAGACCUUCACUGCGGCCAGACCCAAGCACUUCUUCCCCUCCGUGAGCACCAGCAGUGCCAGCGAGCCCCUGUUCCCCCUGGGCAGCACCCCCCAAGUCAUUCAGAGGACGGCGAGCAAGGAAGACCUCUCGGGGUCCCAGCCCCCCCUGCAGACCAAACCACUGGGUGGGGCUUCUAGCCUGAAUGAGGCCCCCCUUCCGGGACCCCCAGAGCCAGCAGCUGCACGACUGACUUUCUCUAUGCCCUCUGUGCCCACCGUGCCCGCCGGAACCCAGUUCCAGCCCCGCUGCGUGUCCCCCUCGCCCGUCUCCCCCACCAGCCGCAUCCAAAACCCGGUGGCCUUCCUCAGCUCAGUGCUGCCCUCUCUCCCCGCCGUGCCCCCCACCAAUGCCAUGGGGCUGCCUCGAAAGGCGCCUACCAUACCUUCCCAGGGAUUAAUGAAGAAAAACACCAAGUCUGCUCAACCAGUAAAUGACAACCACAUCCGUGAAGCCAAGAACGCCGUGAUUCUGGACUUGGGGAGAAAGCUGAAUUUCAGUGACGUCAAGUCAAACCAGCAGGAGUACAAAAUUUCAAACUUCGAGCAGAGGCUGAUGAAUGAGAUCGAGUUUCGCCUGGAGCGGACCCCCGUGGAUGAGUCGGAUGAUGAGGUCCAGCACGAGGAGAUCCCCACGGGCAGGUGCCUGGCCCCCGUCUUUGACAAAAGACUCAAGCACUUCCGGGUCACGGAAGGCUCCCCAGUCACAUUCACCUGCAAGAUUGUGGGGAUCCCGGUGCCAAAGGUUUACUGGUUCAAAGACGGAAAACAGAUUUCAAAGAGGAAUGAGCACUGCAGGAUGAGGCGCGAAGGAGACGGGACUUACUCUCUGCACAUCGAGUCCACCACCAGUGACGACGACGGCAACUACACCAUCAUGGCUGCCAACCCCCAGGGGAGAAUCAGCUGUUCCGGUCACUUAAUGGUGCAGACUUUGCCCAUUCGCAGUCGGCUCACAGCUGAUAGUCAGUCUCACAGAGGAAGAUCCCGGGGGCAAGAACGAGACAAGGAGCCCCUUCAGGAGCGGUUUUUCAGGCCACAUUUCCUGCAGGCGCCCGGGGAUAUGGUCGCUCACGAGGGUCACCUCUGCCGGCUGGAUUGCAAGGUGAGUGGCUUGCCACCCCCUGACCUGUCCUGGCUGCUCAACGGGCACCCUGUGCUGCCGGAUGCCUCCCACAAGAUGCUGGUGAGGGAGACAGGUGUCCACUCACUGCUCAUCGACCCACUCACGCAGCGCGACGCGGGGACCUACACGUGUGUGGCCACCAACAAGACUGGGCAGAAUUCCUUCAGCCUGGAGCUCACGGUAGUGGCCAAAGAAGUGAAGAAGGCACCCAUGUUCCUGGAAAAGCUGCAAAAUUGCGGGGUUCCCGAGGGCCACCCCGUGCGACUGGAGUGCCGAGUGGUCGGCAUGCCGCCCCCUGUGUUCUUCUGGAAGAAGGACAACGAGACCAUCCCGUUCACCAGAGAGAGAGUCAGCAUGCACCAGGACACGACGGGCUACGUCUGCCUCUUCAUCCAGCCAGCCAAGAAGUCGGACGCGGGCUGGUACACGCUGUCCGCCAAGAAUGAAGCCGGCAUCGUGUCCUGCACCGCCAGGCUGGACAUCUACGCUCAGUGGCAUCAGCAGAUCCCAACACCCGUGUCCAUCCGGCCCAGCGGCAGCCGCUACGGCUCGCUCACCACCAAGGGGCUCGACAUUUUCUCGGCCUUCUCUUCCGUGGAAAGCACGAUGGUGUAUUCCUGCUCCGCUCGGAGCGUCGUGGAGAGUGACGAGCUCUAG